ACAACAUGUCCUUCUCCCCAGCGUGGGAGCCCCGUCCACGUAACAAACCUCUACAUGCUUCAACAUUAUCGUGAAACAGCGAAUAUUCCUUAUAUUUAUUUAUUAUCUAGUUCCUGUAUCUCAAACUGUAUGUUUAGUCGAAGAGCGACAACCUUUCAAAAAUCGUGAUUGAUCGGCUGGAAAUUUCAGAGCUUGUCCUAGGUCAUGGAUCUGGUUUCAAUCCAAGAUUACAUAAGGUCUACAGGAAAAUGAAUGAAUUCACAAGGUGGCAGCGAGAUGGGUUGGGAAAAUUUAACCUCGAAAGCGCAGUUGAAUUGAGUGCAUAUAUACCUGAUACAGUUCUGCGGGCGGAGCUACGCCGAAGAAGCGGAAUCAGAGACUCUGACAAUGAUAAGCCAUUGUGUGGCUCAAAGGAUCGAGGUGUUUACAACACCCCAGUACAUGUAAUGGCACUUUUCCUCAUUUUAGUGCUGAGUACCUUCGCUUGUUCAUUUCCUGUACUUGCCCGCCGGUUCCCACGCCUACCAAUACCACGGCGCUUUCUUUUUCUUUCCAGACAUUUUGGGACAGGUGUGUUGAUAGCUACGGCCUUCGUUCAUUUACUCCCCACAGCGUUUGUGUCCCUGACAGAUCCAUGUCUUCCUCGAUUUUGGAGUGAAUCAUACCGUGCCAUGGCUGGCUUUGUCGCCAUGAUUUCCGUCUUUGUUGUGGUGGUGGUAGAGAUGUUUUUUGCCAUGAAAGGAGCAGGCCAUGUUCAUGGGAGUGAAUAUGACCAUCUGAUUAGUGAUGUCGGUGAGGACACUGCGAACAACUAUCAAAAUGAAGGUUCCGAAUAUUUACAAGAGUCAACGGAGAAUAUUCACCUCGAGGGCAUACCGAACGGCAACUAUACACAUAGCCUACCACAAUCCUCCCGUCACCUGCUGAGUGACUCAACAGACGACGGUACUCUUUCACAGUCCGCGAGGUUAAUUGCGCGCAAAGAGGAUGUAGGGGUUGGUCUUGAGGGAUCAGACUCUUAUGAUGACUCACGUACGAAUGCGCAUCAAAGCCCUUAUCCACACUCUGAGUUGGGUCAGCCUUCACCGGUUAUAUCGCGUGAACAGACGAACUCCAUGCUGUCCAUACAGAACCCGCAACGUCAGUUACUCCAGUGUCUUUUGCUUGAAGCGGGAAUACUCUUUCAUAGUAUUUUUAUUGGCAUGGCCCUUAGUGUUGCAACAGGGACAUCAUUCGUUGUACUACUCGUGGCCAUCUGCUUCCAUCAGACUUUCGAGGGUUUCGCUCUUGGCUCACGCAUUGCAUCACUUAUACCGGGCCUUUUUGCCCCAUCCUCCAUGAAGCCAUGGCUCAUGUCACUUGCAUAUGGGACUACAACACCCUUCGGCCAAGCCAUCGGUCUUAUCUUACAUAACCUAUAUGAUCCAACGAGCACUACUGGUUUGCUUAUGGUUGGUAUUACGAAUGCGAUAAGCAGCGGGCUUCUACUGUUCGCUGGCCUGGUUGAGCUUUUGGCCGAAGACUUUUUGAGUGAAUCAAGUUACGCAACCUUACAUGGUCGAAAGCGCGUUGAAGCAUGUAUAGCAGUUGCCUGCGGGGCUUUGUUAAUGGCGUUAGUUGGUGCAUUUGCCUAGAAAACUCCCAGUCCCUGUCUGCUUUCAUUGUGCUAUAUUAGUGUAAGCCCUGAAAGCUUGUAUGUAUACCUAAUGCUUUAUGUGAUGAUAUCCCUUGUAAUGUUUAUUAUUAGGCACAAGUGCUCGCUGUAGCUCUUAGCAUGCAUAUUAUAUAUGCAUUGCAUGAUCAACGUUCUGUCUUUUUGCUCGGUCCUUUGACCCUUUCUCUCCAUUAAGGUGAA